AUGAUCAGCUCCAAUUUUGGAGAUCUUCUAACGUCAUCCAAAUAUGGAGAAUGGGUCAUCGAUGUCACCGAUGCACUCAUUAUCAAGAACAAGAUCGGUUUCGUGGACGACACCAAACCGAAGCCAGCACAAGAGCAUAAGAAAGCAACCUGGAUUCGUUGUGAUGUUGUGGUCAAAGGGUGGUUGAGAAUCGCUAUGAACAAAGAAGUAAGGAGCAACGUUCGGUACGCAAAGACGGCAAGAGAGGUCUGGGUCGACCUCAAGGAACGUUUCAGUCAUGGGAGCUUGACCCAAGGCUAUGAGCUUCGGCGCCUCAUUAGUGCCCUAUGGCAAGAAAAACUCUCAGUAUCAUCUUUCUAUACUCAACUUCGUACAUUAUGGGAAGAAGCCCAAUCUCUUUCGCCAGCUGAAAUAUGUACUUGUGGUCAAUGCAAAUGA